AUGAUCUCGCGGGAUAACUCCGGCAUGGACUCAGACAAGGGCGCCUCCGUGCAGUUCCAGGACUUCCUGCCAUUGAUGGCGAGGAAGCUCGGCGUGGAGGGCCUGAUCCAGGAGCUCUGCAAGGGGUUCCAGCUGCUCAUGGAGCCCAGGGCAGGAAAGAUCACCUUCCGGAGCCUGAAGCAGAACGUGACCAGGCUCGGGCUUGGCCAGCUCCGGGACGAUGAGCUCCUGGAGAUGAUGAAGGAAGGCGACCUGGACGGGGACGGGGCGCUGGAUCAGAUGGAGUUCUGCAUCCUCAUGGUCAGACUGAGCCCUGAGCUGAUGGAAGAAGAGGCACACAGGAUGUUUCAGCAUUGA